ACAGAUGGGAAAAUGCCUUUAAUAGUGAUCAUGAAAACCAAAACAACGAGUGGUUUAAAUACAAGAUUAUUUUUUUAAGAGAAAAAUAUUUUAUAGAGGCUACACUAAAAUCAUGGCUAGAGAGUUCAUUGACUGCCACUGUCACCUUUCAGCAAAUGAGUUUACACAGGACAUAGAUGAUGUACUUCUGAGAGCUAAAAAAACUGGAGUGAAAGCUCUUGUGGCAGUUACAGAGGGAGCCAGUGAGUUUGAGAAAGUUAUUCAGUUGUCAAAAACCUAUCCUGGUUUUGUGUUCCCUUGUUUUGGCAUUCAUCCCCUUCAAGGGUCAGGGAAAGACUUACACAGUGUCAAGGUUCAGGACCUGGAGCCAUUCCUUCCUUUGUUCCAGAAGCACAGAGAUAAUAUUGUUGCCGUUGGAGAGAUUGGUCUUGACUUUACCCCCUGGUAUGCAAAUACUAAUCAAGAGCGUGAUGAACAGAUACAAGUCUUUACAAAACAACUUGAAAUAUCUAAAGAACUGGAUUUGCCCGUGAAUGUACAUUCCCGCUCAGCAGCCAAGGUUACCAUAGCCACAAUGAAAGAACUAGGGAUUAGCCAAGCAUUGUUGCAUAAUUUUGCCGGGAAGCCAUCGGUUGCCAUGGAAGGGGUUCAGGCUGGAUUCUCCUUCUCCUUUCCGCCUGCCGUCAGCAAAACCGAGCAGAGAGCAAAAUUAAUCAGACAGAUUCCACUGGAACACAUUUGCCUUGAGACAGACUCUCCAGCCUUGGGGCUUGACAAUCAUGUUAGAAAUGAACCCGGAAACAUAACGAUCAGCUGUGAAUAUAUUGCAAAAGUUAAGGGAAUAUCUCCAGGUGUAGUAAUGGAAGUCACAACACAAAAUGCCCUUCGGUUGUUUCCGAGGUUAAAAAUCUAGAGUUAAUAUUAUCUUAUUUAAUUUAGUAAAUAAAGAGCUCACUCAAAAACCAAUUGGUUUUAUCCAUGCACUUAAAAUUAAUGGAGUCUGGAGCUUUUAAGCUUCAAAAAAUGAUGCAAAAUCACUGUAAAAGUAUCAUACAAGGAUAUGUUAGAUUAGUGAGUAAAUCUUUCUGGCCAGUUUUGGUUUGAGAAAAAAUGUUUCCCAUUAAAACAUUACUCAAAAGUUUUUCUUUUCUGUUUCUUUCCAAAUAAAUUCAUACAGGUUUUGAUAUAAGCAUGAUGGGCAAAUGACAAAUUUUAUUUUUUGGGGUGAACUUUUCCUUUAAUUGUAUGCCAAUGACUUUGUAAUAAUAUUAUUGUUUUUUAUAUGUAAAAUAGUUUAAAUAAUAAAAAAAAUAAAACACUA